UUUUUUAGAAAAUUUUCUCAUCACCAACAGAUUUUAAAUUAAACAGUUGCAACAUUUUCCAUUCACAAGAUAUAGGCAAUUUCAAUAAUAGAAUGGCUAUGUAUAUUGGAUUAUCUAAGAAACAUAUAGAAAACUAUGAAAGUGCAUUAUCCUUUUAUCUGCUUCCAACCAAUUUGUAUAGAAAUACAAUUAGGAUUAGUGAAGAUAUUUUCUCAUUUAUGGCAAAUACGAAAAUACUUUUGGAAUGGCCAAUAAAAUUUCCACCAAUAGAAAUUCAAAUGUUUUUAGAUAGUUUAUUAAAUACUUAUGGAGAAAACUGGUUGAAAUAUUUAGAUCCUUUUAAUCAGUUUGGUAUUCAUCAUUUGAAAAUGAAUGGGGAUAUGAAUGAAAAAGUCUCUGGUCUAUUUAUAGGUAUUGAAAAUGAACAGCAAUUCUUCCAGAAUAUAGGCCUAUCAAGAAACCAAAAAUUGCUCUAUAGUAUAAAAGCAUUAAAAGAUUUUCUAUUUAAUAAACAAAAUCCUUUACUUUGGAAAAACUAUAUAAAGAUAACAAAAAACUUUUUAAGCAUAUAUAAUGGCCUUGAAAAGAUUGAUGUCUCUGACCUAAUUACCACUCAACCAAAAAAAUGUGAUUCAAGCAACCAUAAGAUCAUUGAAAAUGUAUUAAAAUUUUGGGAAAAGAACAAAAAUCUACUGAGAAAUACUGUAUUUCAUCUACUUCAAAAACAUUUACAUUUUGAAUUUCCUGCCAAUGACAUUGCCAAAAGAUGGAUUUCAGAGUUUUUCUGUAUCAUUUUAGAAUCUUCAAAUGAGGAUUUUAAAAUAAAUUUGUAUGGAUUUCUUGGAACGAGACUGGAAUUUUUUCAACAUGAUAUUAUUAAGGUUAUAGUUAAAAUUGGUAAUGGAAAGAAGGAUGAAAAAUUUGCUAAAUCUAUAAAAAUAUGGUCAGCCAUUUUGGAAGGAUAUAAACAACUUGAAAUAAUGAAAGCUAAUGGAGAGAAUAAAAUGGAAAUUGUAUCAUUUGUUGAAAGUCAAUUAGAAAAUAUAAUAAAAUCAUUUGGAGAGAAAUGGACAUCAGUAUUGAAUCCAUUUAAUCAUUAUAUGUUCUCUUUUGACUAUAGCUUCUCAGAUUCAUAUUUUAUAACAAAAGUGGCAAAUUCUCUUGUAAAAGCCAAUAACGCUUAUGAAUUUAAUUCUAAAAUGAAUUUUCAACACUACGCCGCUGAAAAUAGUCAAAUAAUAUUCAAUAUUCUUGAAAAUCUAGUCAAACAUGAUUUAGGAAAUAUAUGGGAUUCUGCAAAUGAAUUUGAAAAUCUUAUUAUUCAAUUUAAUCAUACAAAAGUAAUGAAGAAUUUAAUUGAAAUGCAUUAGAAGUCUUUUUAAAAUUAUUACAAUUU